UACAUGAUUAACAAGUAAAAAACUUGUAUGUGGCUUUGAACUUAAAUAACUUUAAGAUUAUAUAAUGUAAAUCAGACACACAUUUAAACCAUAAUUUUAUUAUACAUUCAAAACUAUCAAUAACAAUAAUGUAUUUAAAUAGUUUAGGAUGCAGUUGUCCUAAAAUGUUUUACUGUUACCCAGCAUCUAACAUGAGCCAACUUAUUAGGAUUUCUAAAAGAAUUUGAAGUACAACUUACCUGCUAUUGUUACCCGGCUAGCUAACAAGCUUGAAUGGACAUGUGCUGUCAGGGGAAAAAUGUGAUCUUAGCAAACUUGCUAAAAACCCAACUUUUGUCCUGCUGUUAAGAUGGAGGUAGAAAAAAAUGGCAGCUGGUUUGUAGGGUGACCCAGCCACACAGAAAAAGCACCAGAUACUGGACAGAUGGUUGGAUAAUUUUAAAUGGGACAUUUUGGUGGCAUGGUGUGGGUCCACUUGUAUGCUUUGAGCGAAUGGUCACUGUCAAUUAAUACAAAGUUAUUCUUGCUGAUUCUCUUAUAAUGAACAUUUCUAACCUAAUGGGAGUGUUCUUUUCCAGGAUGACAAUGUCACCAUCCACUGGACAUGAUGAUUCACUGAAUGGGUUGAAAUUAAAUGAGUAUGAAAAUUAUGUAAUGUAUGUGAUGGCCUUUGCAGGCAACCCAAAUUAAAACCUGUGUGAGAUUUUGGAUUGACUUCUUAGUCGACUUGGAUCAUCAAAGUCAACAAGGAUCAACUUGUUGCUCACUACCAACAUCAUCAAAUCACCUACAGAAGCAGCUGGAAGAAUGGUUUUCAUCUCUCCAGUAUCGUCAUCCAAUCUUGCCACAUUAACAACUUUAAAUAAAUAAUAAUAACAAUAAAAUACACACUAAAAAUGCCUUUAUAAGAGUUCCAUUGAAAAUUGUUAAAAUAAGCUGCUAAUUAUUCGGCGGAAAUGACAUAAGAUAUUACCCUAUAAAUCCAGAGCUACGUGAAAAAUGCUUGAUGCUGAUUGGUUAAUCCUGUUUCUCACCAUAGCAGCUAUUAGCCAAUAAAAUGUAAUUAAAUAAAGUACCGGAAGCGUGUGUCUGACGUCUAGGGCAGUUAACAUUAACGUUAUAGCGCAAAAACAAAGUAAUUUGAUACGUAUAUUUACAUAAUAUUUCCACGAACAAGCGUUAGGAGGUUAGUAAAAAAAUUUAAACGCCCACAAUCAAGUUUGUAUUUCUAGUCAAAGGGAGUAAAUCAGAGCAGAAAUGCUACAGCUCCGGUUUGGCGAGAAGUAAAAGCGGAUGAUGCGGUAUUUACAAGCUGAAGGUGUAAAUGGAAUAGGUUAGGUCUCAGGAGACUGAGAGGGCAAGAAAUUAAAAAAAGAAAAGAAAAGCAGGGAAAAGUCUGCAGAGAGAUGGCCGACAGUAACGGUUAUGUUUUGAACAGGCUGUAUCAUAUAGAAAGAAAACUUCCAUGGCUAUCUUUGGACAACCUGCUUAUCUGGACCAUGGGGACAGUGAUAACAUAUUGCCAGUGUAGCUGCUCGCAGCCUGGAGGUUUGCAGAUGGUGUGUGAAGGACAGUUGUGCAGACAGAUUGGCAGGUCUGUGGAAGCCAAACUCUUCAUUGUUUAAGAGAAGCAGAGAAGAUGAUUUACCAUGUGACGUGGCAAAGUGAUGUGACAUGCCAGUGACACCAGAAGGUCUGACUGGCAGGUCGGUCAUAUGAUUGGUUUCCAGUGACGGGCUGGCAGAGUCCAGCAUUCUGGCAAGAGAGGAUGCAGUAUUCAGAAAUGCGGAUUGCCAAAGUGGUGCAGCAACUUUCCGGCAUUAAGUGCGUCCGCCGCCGUCCCAGAACAUGUCGUUGACCAACACAAAGACGGGCUUUUCGGUGAAGGACAUUUUGGACCUCCCUGACACGAACGAUGAGGAAGGAUCUAUCACUGGCACUGAGGAGGAUACAGAGGGCUCGGAGUCGACUAAAACACCUGGAGUGCUGGUGCAAAGCCCGAUAGAGAAUGUCCAAAACCUGCCUUUAAAGAACCCUUUUUACGAUAACACUGACAAUCCAUACACCAGGUGGCUUGCAACUACUGACACCAUUCAAUACUCAUUGCACGGUCUAUCUGCAACCUCUCAGGACUCGUCCGCUAAAUCUCCCGAGCCGUCGGCAGACGAGUCACCCGACAACGACAAGGAAACUUCGAGCAGCGGCAGCGACUCCGGUAAGAAGCGCAAGCGGCGAGUGCUGUUCUCCAAAGCGCAGACGUACGAGCUGGAGCGGCGUUUCCGACAGCAGCGCUACCUCUCAGCCCCCGAGCGGGAGCACCUGGCCAGCCUGAUCCGUCUCACGCCCACUCAAGUGAAGAUCUGGUUUCAGAACCAUCGCUACAAGAUGAAGCGAGCCCGCGCGGAGAAAGGUAUGGAAGUGAGCCACCUUCCUUCCCCGCGGCGCGUGGCCGUGCCCGUGUUAGUCAGGGACGGCAAACCGUGUCACGCGCUAAAAACUCAGGACCUGGCGGCCACGUUUCAGGCGGGCAUCCCGUUCUCCGCCUACAGCGCGCAGUCUCUGCAGCACAUGCAGUAUAACGCGCAUUACAGCGCCGCCGCCACGCCGCACUUCCCCACGGCGCACUUGGUGCAAACGCAACAGUGGACCUGGUGAAGCCGUAGUGACUUUUUUUUUUUUUUUUUUUUUUUUUUUUUUUUGCGCUGCGUUUCAAAGACCUCGUUAGAGAGUUUUUUUAUUUUCCAACGAAAAUAAAGAAAAGACUGGUUUUCGCAGCUCGACCCAUUCUCGCCGUUUCAUUUUCGGGGCUGAUGUGUGCGCCGUGUUUACAUUUGUUUUCGUUCAGAAAACCGGGUCCAGCCCUUUCUCCCAGAUCCGAGAAUGUUGAAGCUCUUGUGAAAUUUUGUAAAAUAUUAUUGUGUGUUGUAGAAAUGUUUUCCUUUUUUGUCCCUCGUGUUCUAAGCACGUACAAGACCACUUUAUAAUUAUAGAAAAUUUUAUUUCUAGCUUUUACGAUGGACCGAAUAUAUUUAUGGCCAUGAAUAAAACAUUGGCAACUUUUA